AUGACACUCGCCUGCAAAACAGCAGACCUUCUCGCCCUCGCCACUCACGCGCUCAACCACCUCCUCUCCGGCCAGGACGCUCUGCGCUCCGCCGAUGAGCGCAAGUCCGCCCUGACACAGCUCGCGGUGACAGUGCAGGCAGCGGCGAGGCUCACUGUGGUUGCACACGCGGAGGCGCUGGGCGGCCAUACUGACCGUGUUAGGGCUGAGACGGAAGGGCAGAACGCGGUCAGGGGGGCUGAAGCAGCGGUGGUGGAGACGGAGCGAAUCAGGGCGGAAACGGAGAGGGUGGGUAAGGAAGUUGAGAAAUCAGUUGCAGAGAGGAGGAGGCUGCAUGCCGAGGCAGAGAAGGUUAGGAAGGAGACAGAGCGGACGAAGGCCGAGGCGGAGAGGGCUGUGGCCGAGACCGAGAGGCUGAAGGCGAAGGGCAUGAUGGUGCUGAGUGAGAAGAUAAAGAUUGAGGCGGAGACGGAGAGGGCGAGGGCAGAGGAGAGGGAAAAGCCGAAGACCUGGACUUACGCGCCGUGGCAGGGGGCGGAGUGCGAGCGGAAGGUUGUGCCGGAGACAGCGGGCAAGGUAGUUGAGAGUCCGGUGCAGGUCCAGGAGGGUGAAGAGGUGAAGCCCGGGGAUUACUUGGAGUUAUUGGAGGCGGAGAUUGAGCGGAAGGAGAACGAGGCAGAUAUUUUUCAGGGUGAUAGCGAGCCGGUUGGACGGGGAUAUCGGGACAUCAUGUGGGCGCAGCUAGUGGAUGAGAUUAAGCCGCUGAAGCUGGAGGCGCGCAGGGAGAGGUUUCGGAGAAUACGGCAAGAAGAGGAGUGA